AUGUCUUCUAACCACAUUGACGCCCAGGCCUCGACCAACUACAAGGAGGCUUUUGCCCUGUUCGACAAGCGCGGAAACGGCCGUGUCACUCUCGAGAGCCUUGGCGAUCUGCUCCGCGCCUGCGGCCAGAACCCUACCCUCAGCGAGAUCCAGGACCUCGAGAAGAAUGUUGGCGGCGAGUUCGACUUCGAGACCUUCCAGCGUGUCCUAAACCGCCCUGGUGGCUUCCGCGACCCCGGCGAGCCUGACGAGUACUGCCGCGGUUUCCAGGUCUUCGACAAGGACAUGACGGGCUUUAUUGGCGUCGGCCAGCUCAAGUACAUCCUGACCAACCUCGGCGAGAAGAUGACCGACGAGGAGGUCGACGAGCUCCUCAAGGCCGUGGACACCAGCUCUGGCCAGGUCAACUACACCGAUCUUGUGCGAACCAUCCUCGCCAACUAG